AAAUAUCAGAGUAAUCCUAUGCACAUAGCGGUGGUGGUCUCAAACUGCUUAAGAGAAGAAAGAAGAAUAUUGGCCACAGCCAAUAUGCCUUUACAGGGACCCCUGGAAAAGUCUUUACAGAACUCCUUGGUAUUGGAAAGACAAAGGAACACGGAGCACAAGGUGUCGGCUAUUAAGAACAGCGCCCAGAUGACUGACCAGGAUGUCAAAUACCUGGAAGAUUUGCAAGAGGAGUUUGACUUCCGCUACAAAACAAUGCAGGGCAUGGAACAGAAUGACAAAAACAACGUUGCUGUAAAGCAGGAGAUGCUGAUGUUGCAGGAAAUGCUCAAUACCGUAGACUUCAGGAGAAAGGAAGUGCUCAGUAAACUGGCCCAGGUCAUCAAGGAAAUGGAAGAUUUGAUGAAGAACACACUGGUGGAGGAAUUGCUGGAAUGGAAGAGGCGCCAGCAGAUCGCCUGCAUCGGGGGUCCUCUCCAUGGUGGGCUCGACCAGCUUCAAAACUGUUUCACACUGUUGGCAGAGAGCCUCUUUCAAAUCAGACGGCAGCUGGAAAAGCUCGAUGAGUUCUUGGUCAAACUGACUUACGAGGGGGACUCCAUCCCCUUGCAAAGGCCCCACUUGCUAGAAAGAGUCAACUUUUUGCUUUACAGCCUCUUCCAAAGUUCCCUUGUCGUUGAGAAACAGCCAUGCAUGCCCACACAUCCUCAGAGGCCUUUGGUCCUUAAAACCUUGAUACAGUUCACUGUUAAGCUUAGGCUGCUGAUUAAAUUGCCGGAGCUGAAUUAUCAGAUCAAAGUGAAAGCCACUGUGGACAAGAAUGUUUCUACGAUAAGCAGCCGUAGGUUCGUCCUUUGUGGCACCCACGUCAAAGCGAUGGCCAUGGACGAAUCGGCAAACGGGAGUCUCUCUGUGGAAUUCCGACAUUUGCAACCGAAAGAGAUGAAGUCGUGUGCUGGAAACAAGGGAUUUGAGGGCCCUCAAAUGGUAACGGAAGAGCUGCACUCCAUCAGCUUUGAAACGCAGGUCUGCUUGUACGGGCUAACCAUAGACUUGGAAGUGAGUUCUCUACCUGUUGUGAUGAUUUCCAACGUCAGCCAGCUCCCUAACGCUUGGGCUUCCAUUAUUUGGUACAACCUGUCGACGAAUGAACCUCAGAACUUGGCUUUCUUUAAUAACCCGCCCGCCAUCCCUUUGAAUCAACUCCUGGAAGUGUUGAGCUGGCAGUUCUCCUCCUACAUCGGCCGCGGUCUCAACGCCGAUCAACUCGGCACGCUGGCGGAAAAGCUUACAGGGCAGCAAGUGAUCUACAGCGAUUAUCAGCUUUCCUGGUCCAAGUUCUGUAAGGAACACUUGCCAGGGAAAUCUUUUACAUUUUGGGUGUGGCUGGAAGCAAUCUUGGAAUUAAUCAAAAAACAUAUUCUUCCUCUUUGGAUCGAUGGAUGUAUCAUGGGGUUUGUGAGCAAAGAGAAGCAGCGGGUUUUGCUGAAGGACAAGGCGCCAGGAACGUUUUUAUUGAGGUUUAGCGAGAGCAAUUUAGGAGGGAUUACGUUCACCUGGGUGUACAGGUCAGAAAGCGGAGAAGAGAUCUACCAUUCUGUUGAGCCGUAUAACAAGGGCCGUUUAACCGCCUUGCCGUUUGCCGACAUUUUGCGAGAUUACAAAGUGAUCGUGGCCGAUAACGUUCCGGAAAACCCCCUGAAAUACCUUUAUCCAGAUAUCCCCAAAGAUAAAGCCUUUGGGAAACACUACAGCUCCCAGCCAAAUGAAGUGUUAAGACCUACAGAAGGAGGAGAUAAAGGUUACGUCCCCUCCGUAUUUAUCCCAGUCUCCAAAAUCCUGAGCGAUUCCACAGACCCGCCUUCUCCCUCCGACCUCCUCCCCAUGUCUCCAAGCGUCUAUGCCGUUUUGCGAGAACACCUGAGUCCCACCGUGAUGGAAACAGCGCUGAGUUCUCCGUAUUCAGAAUCAGCAGACUGACGUUCGGACUGUGAAAGUGCUACAGAGAAGAGGGUCUGUGUUUUAAAAGCAGCAUUCUAAGAAAACCUCAUUCAUCUUGUAAAGUCCUGUUUCCUGGAGACAAAUGCGUGACUUUCUUCUUUGUCCUUUCAUAAAUAGUUCAAGUUGAUAUUUAGACACCAAGGAGAUAUCAGUAGAUUUCAGAUCUUGGUAAACGAAACCGCAGGGAAUAAAAGAUAAGGAAAUGAAUGUGCUGCAAACAAAUCCGUUCCAGCAGAACUUACAGACUGAACCUUUCACUCCCA